GUCGUUAACACCUCCCGCUGGCCGGCUCCCCCCGUACCUCUACCCCCCGCUGAUUCUGAUGGAACUGAGUUGAGUCUCGAGGUGUGGGUCGAGGAGGACGUAUCAGGUGCUAUUUAUAAUCUGGGUUAGCGCACUGCUGUCAGCUCUCACUGGAUGAAACGGGAGGAAAGAUGUUGUUCGUUACAGUUGUAGCCAGUGUUUAUUUGGCGUCAGUCGUCGGUGAAACGGACCCCGCUGUGGACCGGGCGUAUGUUGCUGCUGUGUACGAGCACAAAGUAAUCCUGAACCCGAACCCCCGCGUGCCCGUGUCCCGCCAAGUUGCUCUGCAACACAUGCAGAAAAACCUGGCUAUCUACGAGAAGCAGGCAGCCCUGGCAGCCCAGCAGAGAGCUCAGAUCCUGGUGUUUCCAGAAGAUGGUAUUCACGGAUUUAACUUCACUCGUUCAUCCAUCGCUGGCUACCUGGAAACCAUUCCCGACCCCCAGAAGGAGGAGUGGAACCCCUGCUUGGAGCCACGCAGAUACAACAACACUGAGGUUCUCCAGAGAUUGAGCUGUAUGGCUCUUCGUAACAAACUCUACCUGGUGGCAAACAUGCCUGACCUGCAACCCUGUCCACUGAAGAUGAGCUCCACCUCGUCCUGUCCUCCUGAUGGGCACUGGCAGUUCAACACAAAUGUGGUUUUCAGUUCAAAAGGCCUUCUGGUGGCACGCUACCACAAACAAAACCUCUACUUCGAAGAGUCCUUUGACACACCUCCAGAACUUGAAGUCAUAACAUUUGAUACAGAGUUUGCUGGAAGGUUUGGCCUCUUCACCUGUUUUGACAUUAUGUUUCAUGAUCCUGCAGUGGUCCUGGUGGAGAAGGGUGUACGUCAAUUCGCCUUUCCGACGGCCUGGAUGAAUGCGCUCCCCCUGCUGGAUUCAGUUCAGUUUCAAAGGGCAUUCAGUCUGGGUGCCAACGUCACCUUACUAGCUGCCAACAUUCGUAAUGGCAAACGCAUGAAAGGAAGUGGCAUCUACACCCCGUUUUCUGCCACCUACCAUCAAGCCUGGGAAGGAGACCCAGAGGAGGGCAGGCUCCUGGUGGCCAGCGUGCCAGUUUUAGAGCCACUGGGAGUGAAACAGAAUACAGCCAAAGAGGAGGGGGCAGGUGGUGGUAAGUCCACAUCAUCAGUGGCUGCAGACUCUGGGUACUGCUCCCAAGACAACUGUGACAAUCCUCCUCCUGAUUCAGGCCCUUCCUCUUACUCGACCUUCGUCUCAUCCAUGAUGCACGACCCAUUUACAUUUGUCUUCUUGAACGAGACCAAGGGCAAUGUUAAAGUGUGCAACGGGACUUUCUGCUGCCACCUGCACUACAGGUGGAUACUGCAAGACCGUAAAGAGCUCUAUGCACUCGGUGUAUUUGGAGGACUGCACAUAUAUCAUGGACAUUACGGGCUGCAGGUGUGUGCAGUAGUCCGUUGUGCAGGGUUGGAUCAGAGCUCCUGUGGGAAGGUGGUGGAAGAAGCAGAGUCUAAAAUGGACUUCCUGUUGGAGGGGAUCUUUGACACCAAAUACGUGUACCCAUCCAUUCUGACAAGCCGAAUGAUCCUGGAGCAGCCAGAGAAUCUGGAGAAAGCCGCAGAUGGGAGAGUGACCAUGACACAUUCAAACAUGAAAGCUGGCCUGGUCACCGCCUGCCUGUAUGGACGAAUGUACCACCUAGACAAACAAUGGAUCAGAAAUGAUUAAGAGCAGCUCUGUGUUCUGUCAUAUAAAAUAAAUCAUAACAAAUGUCUUUAUUCAUCUAAUUAAUCUACUUAAUCUUUACAGUAGUGAUGUUGCAAUGAAGCUUCAUGAAGCAUUGAAGCUUUCUAUUCAGUCAGUGAACCCAUGGGUUGAAGCUUCACGGUGCUUCAUUUGCUCUACUGCGCCAUCAAGUGGACAGUCAAUGUAAAACAGGCAGACUGACUAUAAUCACACCAAGGCUUUGGUGCGUGAAAAUUUGAACAGAAAAUGAUUUUUGUGAUUGUAAUAAAUAAAUCCUGAGCUAACCAA